AUGCUGACCCAUCUGUUCCGCAUUCACGGCCUUGUGGUGGCCUCCCAUCCUUGGGAGGUCAUCGUAGGCACCGUGACCCUCACUGUCUGUAUGAUGUCCAUGAAUAUGUUCACGGGAAAUGACCAGAUCUGUGGCUGGAACUUUGACUGCCCUAAAACAGAUGAGCAAAUGCUGAGCAGUGACAUCAUCAUCCUUACCAUUACACGUUGCAUUGCCAUUAUCUACAUUUACUUCCAGUUCCAGAGUUUAAGACAAUUGGGAUCCAAAUACAUUUUAGGCAUUGCAGGCUUGUUCACAAUUUUUUCCAGCUUUGUAUUCAGCACAGUGGUCAUUCACUUCCUUGAUAAAGAACUAACCGGCCUCAAUGAGGCGCUACCUUUUUUUCUGCUUCUGAUUGACCUCUCCAAAGCUUGUGCUCUUGCCAAGUUUGCCCUCAGCUCCAGUUCUCAGGAUGAAGUCCGUGAGAACAUUGCUCGAGGUAUGGCAGUGUUGGGACCUACAUUCACCUUAGAUGCCCUGGUGGAAUGCUUAGUGAUCGGUGUGGGAACCAUGUCAGGUGUUCGACAGUUAGAAAUAAUGUGCUGCUUUGGCUGCAUGUCUAUUUUGGCCAACUAUUUUGUCUUCAUGACAUUCUUCCCUGCGUGUGUGUCACUGGUGCUGGAGGUGUCUCGUGAAAGCCAAGAAGGCCAUCCAAUUUGGCAGCUGAGCCACUUCUCUCGGGUGCUUGAGGAAGAACAGGAUAACAAACCGAAUCCUGUCACCCAGAGAGUCAAAAUAAUUAUGUCGUUGGGCCUUGUUAUGGUUCAUGCUCACAGUAGGUGGAUUGCUGAGCCCCUGUUGUUCAAUGCUACAGUGGGGAUUCCACUGGGUGGCAUGGAUGAAGAACACCUCUCACCCAGGAGAAUUGAGCCAGAGAUACCUCUGUGGCACUUUUACCUCACAAGAAUGAUAACAAUGGAUAUUGAGCAGGUGAUCUGCCUAGCCUUGGCUUUGCUGCUGGCGAUCAAGUACAUCUUUUUUGAACAAGUGGAGAUGGAGUCUCCCCUAUCUAUAAGGAAUCCAAUCACAAUGCCCACCCAGCCAUUGCCUCCGCGACAAGCCACUGAGACUUGCUGUAGGAAGGAACUUGCUCUUCCCCAGUGCCCUCCACCCUCUCCAAGUUUGCCUUCUAUCACACCAGCCAACAAGGAAGAUAUUGAUGAAGUUAUCCGGCCCCUGCUUGUUUCUGUCAAUGAUCCUGGGUCAAGUAAUGUCUCUAUUCUUGAAGAAGAGGAAAAGAAAUCUGAAAUCACAGAGUUACACCUUCUGCCUCCCUUAAAUCCUCGGAGCCUUGCUGAAUGUGUGGCCAUUCUCAACAAUCCAGAGCAAGGGGCUCGUUUUCUCAGUGAUGCUGAGGUGAUAAUGUUGGUCAAUUCGAAACACAUUCCCUCUUACAAACUGGAGGCGGUCAUGGAAACACCUGAGAGAGGUGUGGCCAUACGUCGACAGAUGAUAUCCGCAAAGCUUCCCUCUCCCUCUGCUCUCUCAUCGUUGCCAUUCACUGAUUAUGACUACUCAAAGGUUAUGGGCACCUGCUGUGAGAAUGUGAUUGGCUAUAUGCCUGUGCCGGUGGGUGUGGCUGGGCCGUUACAUCUGGAUGGAAAGCAGUUCCAAGUUCCCAUGGCAACGACUGAGGGAUGCCUUGUUGCGAGCACCAAUCGGGGAUGUCGAGCAAUUGCGCUUGGCGGUGGAGCCAGAAGUUGCAUCCUAGCUGACAGUAUGACCCGAGGACCUGUGGUAAGACUUCCUUCUGCCUGCCAGGCUGCUGAGGUCAAAGCUUGGCUAGAGAGCAAAGAUGGUUUCCAAGCCAUCAAAGAAGCCUUUGACAACACAAGCAGGUUUGCUCGUCUCCAGAAGCUACUGGUUGGUCUGGCAGGGAGAAAUCUGUAUAUCCGUUUUCAUUCAAAGACAGGGGAUGCAAUGGGAAUGAAUAUGAUCUCAAAGGGUACAGAGCAGGCUUUGAGCAAACUUCAGCAAAACUUUCCAGAGCUGCAAGUUUUGGCUGUCAGUGGGAACUACUGUACAGAUAAGAAACCAGCUGCAGUCAACUGGAUAGAAGGAAGAGGAAGAUCGGCAGUCUGUGAGGCUACUAUCCCUGCUAAUGUGGUCAAAGAGAUUUUGAAGACCUCGACGAAAGCUUUGGUGGAGGUGAACAUCAAUAAAAACCUUGUGGGUUCAGCUAUGGCUGGCAGUAUUGGUGGAUUUAACGCACAUGCAGCCAACCUAGUAGCUGCCAUAUACAUUGCCUGUGGACAGGAUCCUGCUCAGUCAGUGAGCAGCAGUAACUGCAUCACCUUAAUGGAGGAGUCAGGCCCUACAGGUGAAGACCUUUACAUCAGCUGCACCAUGCCCUCUAUAGAGCUUGGCACAGUAGGGGGUGGAACCAACCUGCUUCCUCAGCAAGCUUGCCUUCAGAUGCUGGGCGUACAGGGGGCCAGCGAGGCUUGUCCAGGGGAGAAUGCCAGGCAGCUUGCCAAAGUGGUUUGUGCCACUGUGCUGGCUGGGGAACUGUCACUCAUGUCUGCUCUGGCAGCUGGCCACCUGGUCAAGAGUCACAUGACACAUAACAGAUCCAAGGUGAACCUCCAGGAGAGUGUGGGAACUUGCAUCAAGCAAGCCUCUUGA